AUCCUUCACUGAUCAUAGGGGAAAGCAAAUAUCUCCUUUCCUCAUGGGACACAGAACUAGGCAGAACAGGAUCAGGGAGCGACCAAACCUACCAAGGCAGUCUCACUUCUCAAUGACUGGACUGUGUGGGUACUCUGCUCCAGACAUGUGGGGCCUCAGACUCAUCAUGAUACCAGUUGAGCUGCUACUUUGCUACCUCCUGCUGCACCCUGUGGAUGCCACUUCAUAUGGAAAGCAGACAAAUGUCUUGAUGCACUUUCCCUUGUCCUUGGAAUCCCAGACACCCUCCUCAGACCCCUUGUCCUGCCAAUUUCUGCACCCAAAGUCACUGCCUGGUUUCAGCCACAUGGCCCCUCUACCCAAGUUCUUGGUAAGCCUGGCUCUAAGGAAUGCCCUGGAGGAAGCUGGUUGCCAGGCUGAUAUUUGGGCUCUACAGCUACAGCUCUACCGCCAGGGUGGUGUGAAUGCUACACAGGUCCUCAUCCAGCAUCUUCGAGGGCUCCAGAAAGGCAGAAGCACAGAGAGGAACGUGUCAGUGGAAGCCCUGGCCUCUGCUCUGCAGCUGUUAGCCAGGGAGCAGCGAAGCACAGGAAGGGUCGGGCGCUCCCUCCCCACAGAGGACUGUGAGAAUGAGAAGGAGCAAGGUGUGCACAAUGUCGUCCAGCUGCUGCCAGGAGUGGGAACCUUCUACAACCUGGGCACAGCUUUGUAUUAUGCUACUCAAAACUGCCUGGGCAAGGCCAGGGAACGAGGCCGAGAUGGGGCCAUAGAUCUGGGAUAUGACCUUUUGAUGACCAUGGCUGGGAUGUCAGGGGGGCCUAUGGGUCUAGCGAUCAGUGCUGCACUUAAACCUGCAUUAAGGUCUGGGGUUCAGCAGUUGAUCCAGUAUUACCAAGAUCAGAAAGACGCAAACAUCUCUCAGCCAGAGACCACCAAGGAGGGUUUGAGGGCCAUCUCAGAUGUGAGUGACUUGGAAGAAACAACUACCCUGGCUUCUUUCAUAUCAGAAGUAGUAAGUUCAGCUCCCUACUGGGGGUGGGCCAUAAUCAAGAGCUAUGACUUAGAUCCCGGGGCUGGGAGUCUUGAGAUAUAAAAGAAUGUGGUAACCACAGAAUUAAUAACUGUACUAUCCUGAAAAGCUAUAUACAUGUCUUCAAAAUUUUAAUCUCUGAUUUAUCCAGGAGGAAGGCUGUACAGUAAAACGUAGGAACGUAAAUGUUUGGGGGUUGAAGUCAGAGGGUUUGGUUUUGAAUCUAGGCUCCACUUGUUACAGCCUCGGUGAUCACUGACUAGUAACUUCUUUCUUGAACUAAGAUCAGUUUUUAAAUUUCUAAAGGAGAUAGAAUGAUUUUAACCUCAAUGAGUUGCCCUGUAAAUUUAAAAUGAUACAAUGAAUCUAAAAUGCUUAUCACAGUACUCUCAAUAAAUAGCUAUUAGCCAGGUGCGGUGGCUCACGCCUGUAAUCCCAGCACUGUGAGAGGCCGAGGGAGAGGAUCACCUGAGGUCAGGAGUUCAAGAUCAGCCUGGGCAACAUGGCGAAACCCCGUCUCUACAAUAAAUACGAAAAAUUAUCCUGGCGGAGUUAUGCAGGCUUGUAGUCCCAACUACCUGGGAGGCUGAGGCGGGAGAAUCACCUGAGCCCGGGAGGUCGAGGCUGCAGCGAGCCGAGAUCGCCCCACUGCAUUCCAGCCUGGGUGACAUAGCGAGACCAUGUCUCAAAAAAUAAAAAAUAAAAAUUGUUUUCAUUA